CUCUACAAUCCCGCGGUAUUCGCGGGUUGAAGCUUUGAGCUUUAUUCAAAUAUGUUUGUUUGACAUCGUUUGCCUAUUGCUAAAAACGUUUGCUGAGAUGUCGUGUUUGGUAUCCUACUGAAAUCUAGAAACGGAAAUAGACUCUCGAAGAUAUGGAUAUCAGGCCAAGAUUCCUCAAACCAGGUGAAAAUACCUGGGAAGAGGACAAGACUGACAUAGAUACAAAUUCUGGAACACAGUUUGUCUACAAUGCGCAUCGUUCCUUAGCAAUAAAUCUUCAGCGUCAACGGUUACCAAUAUUCAGAAACAGGAGCCACAUAAUAUAUUUAUUGGAAAAUUAUCAAACCUUGGUCCUCGUCGGUGAAACUGGCUGUGGCAAAAGCACUCAAGUUCCUCAGUAUCUCUUGGAGGCGGGAUGGACUGCCGAUGGAAAGGUGAUCGGUGUCACAGAACCCAGAAGAGUAGCAGCAACUUCAUUGGCCAGUCGGGUUGCGGAUGAACAGAAUUGCAUACUUGGUACUGUCGUUGGAUACUCCAUAAGAUUCGACGAUUGUACAGAUGAGAAUACUAAAAUCAAAUUCAUGACGGAGGGUAUUCUACUUCGUGAAAUGAUGGGUGAUCCUCUGUUGACAAAUUACUGUGUAAUUAUACUGGACGAAGUACACGAGAGAACUUUACUGACUGAUAUCGUGAUGGGAUUGUUGAAAAAAAUAAUCAGGAAACGACGUAGUUUGAAGGUCAUAGUUUCUUCAGCUACGGUGGACGCCGAACAACUUCGUGACUUCUUCAAUACAAAUACCACCAAGGAUACCUCUAAGGACUCGGCGACAAUAAUCAGCGUCGAAGGACGACUCUAUCCUGUCGACACUUACUACAUACAGGAACCGGUUGCCGAUUACGUUAAGGCAGUCGUCGACACGGCAUUAAAAAUUCACGAGGAGGAAGAACGCGGUGAUAUUUUAGCAUUUCUUACCGGAAUGGAGGAAGUGGACAGAGCAGUUUCCUUGCUAAACGAACACGGAAAAUUAAUUAAGGAUACAAAACAGAAAAUAUUGCCGCUCGCUAUGUAUGGAUCGCUUCCAAAUUCUGAACAGUUAAAAGUAUUUUGGAGCGCUCCCAAGGAUACCCGGAAGGUUGUAGUCGCGACGAACAUAGCCGAGACUUCGAUUACGAUACCCGGUGUUGUCUACGUAAUAGACAGUGGAUUUGCAAAGAUCCGAUGGUUUGAAGUUGAAACGCACACGGAUAGCUUGAUUAUAGCUCCCGUUUCAAAAGCCUCCGCUAAUCAACGUGCCGGACGUGCUGGUCGUGUACGAUCAGGGAAAACCUACAGGCUGUACACAGAAGAGGCCUAUGAUAAAUUUUUUGAAGCAACACCUCCGGAAAUGCAAAGAUCAGAUCUUGCGCCAGCUAUACUUCAGCUCAAGGCUUUAGGCAUCGACAACGUAUUAAGAUUCAAUUUUCCUUCCCCGCCACCGACUAAAAGUCUUCUAUCCGCCCUUGAAUUACUUUACGCACUGGGAGCUAUCGAUGAUAACGGCGAACUGACCUCUCCGCUUGGAGUAACGAUGGCAGAAAUGCCAUUAGAGCCCGUCUAUGCGAAAUGUCUCAUUAUCUCAGGUGAAAUGGGCUGUUCGGAAGAGAUAACAACUAUCCUAGCUAUGCUCCAAGUACAGAACGUUUUUACUAUACCCGGAGGUGGCCAGGCAGCAUUGAAGGCUCGUGUAGCACGUCGCAAGUUCGAGGCAGAAGAAGGAGACUUGAUAACUUUAUUGAACGUCUACACAGCUUAUGAGACGCAAAAGACAACCAGUUGGUGUCAUCAGAAUUUUCUAAACCAUAAAACCCUUCGAAGAGCUACGGAAAUCAGAACUCAGAUGCGUCGAAUGCUUUCGAAAUUAAAAAUUCCUCUCAACUCUUGCCAAGGUGACACUGAAAAAAUCUUGAGAUGCAUUACCGCAGGCCUAUUCCCUAACGCAGCUUAUCUCCAUUAUACCGGGGUUUAUAGGACUGUGAGAGGAACCAGAGAACUUCACAUACAUCCCAACAGUUGCUUGUACACAGUUCAACAACCGCAAUGGAUCAUCUUCUGUGAGAUAUUGCAGACCAAUAAAACAUACAUGAGGGAGGUGACCGUCGUAAGACCAGAAUGGUUAGAAGAAUUGGCUCCUCAUUUCUAUGAGAGGCGGUCAAUCGAGCCACAUUGAAUUGCACCUGGAAAAUUUCAAAAGAAAAAUGAUAUCGGUGUACUAUGAAGGCGUGUCCUGACGACGAUUGAAAUAAAUUAAUGAUAUUUAUAUACA